AUCUCAAUACCACGGAACGGUCGCCCACUCUACUUUGUGAGGUGCAGCAAUACUAUAGAACAACCUGCAAUGGAUGGUGAAAAGAUCGACAGCUCGUCCGGUCAGCCGUUGCCUGGUGCGACCAUUCCACUGGACUCCAAUGGUGCACACAGUGGCGAUAGCGAAGUGAAGAAACGAGCAAGAAGCAACAGCCCCAACAAUGAAGGCGUCGAAGGUUCUGCGAAACGCCAGAAAGGUGUCGCACCUAUCAAGGCCGAGUACUUGAUCCACCGCACUAAUGCUAAAGUUGAGACAAAGGAUGCAGUUGUCGACGACGACGCAGCUGAAGCCGCAGACGACCGCUAUCAUAAGGGCGAUGCGCGCGACGGUGGAGGAAAAGGGAAGAAAGACAAGAAGAACAAGAAGCAAAAAGGUGGCCAGAACACCAGCCGAACGUUUGGAAGCUCUCGCGACAACUUACCGCUUUGCUCGACUCGUAUGCUCAGCAAUGAGUUCUCUCCAAAGGAAUGCGGCUUUGAAUCCAAGUGCCGGUUCGAACACGAUCUUCGCAAGUACCUGAAGGAAGGCCGCCGUGAGGACCUUACUACCUUCAACGGCAAGUGUCCGAUCCACGAGGUGAAAGGCUACUGCCAUCUUGGUUGGAAGUGUCGCUUCGUCGGCAGCCACUCCAAGGAGCGUGAUACUGAAGAUGGGCGAAAAGAGCUAGUUCUGAUUGAGGACUCCGAACGCACAUCAACAAUGGUGAAUCUCGAAGACGAGGUCGAUGUUGCAAAUGUUGUAUCGAAGGAUGUCAAGAUUGGUCUCGCAAAGCGAAAGAUCCAAACUCCGCGCUCAGACCAGUAUAUGAAGUGGAUCGACUCAAACAAAGACAACGAGCGCGCCAUGUUUGAUUCUGCAGCCGGAGACAACGAGGCCUUGAAAGAAGAGAAGGAAGCGCGAAGAGCGGAGUUUGUGGACGCGCCGUUUAGACCUUCUGAGAAGCGAAGGCUCUACUAUGGACCGGAAACCCCAAGUUUGGCGCCCCUCACCACCCAAGGAAAUAUGCCAUACCGCAGGCUCUGCGUAGAUCUGGGCUGCCAGAUUACGUGGAGUGAGAUGGCUAUGGGUAUGCCUUUGAUUCAGGGUGAAAGAGGCGAGUGGGCGCUCAUGAAGGCACACGAAUCCGAAAUCAGCCCACCAAAGUUUCUGCAGAAGAACACCGUCGUUCAGGGGUACGACAACGCUAGUGACAUGAAGUUCGGUGCCCAAAUCGCGGCGAACAAGCCAUGGCUCGCUGCGAAGACUGUAGAAGUCCUGACCGAUCACUGCCCCAAGCUUCGAGCUAUCGACCUGAACUGCGGAUGCCCCAUCAACCUGGUCUGCGAGAAGGGCGCUGGGUCUGCGUUGCUUGAUCAAGAUUCUAAGCUCGAAAGUAUCUUACGCGGCAUGGCAUAUGUGUCAAAGGAGACACCAAUUACCGUAAAGAUCCGCAUGGGCACAAAGGACAACAACCCCACCGCUACAAAGCUUAUCAGACGACUCGUCCUUGGUGGUUAUGAGGCUGUACAGUCCGGCAAAGGUACUUCUGGCAUCGCGGCUAUUACGCUUCACGGCAGGAGUAAGCAACAGCGCUACUCUAGGAGUGCGGAUUGGUCAUACAUCGCCGAAUGUGCGUCGUUGAUCAAACGCCUUAAGAGCGAGAAGGAUGCGCGAGCAGACACAGUUGCAGAAGCCGAUCCUCGUGAUCUUGCCAAUGGUGGUCACGUUUACUUCGUCGGUAACGGUGACUGCUAUUCGCAUGAGGACUACUACAACAACAUCAACAACUCGGGUGUCGACUCGGUUUUGAUCGGCCGCGGCGCGUUGAUCAAGCCAUGGAUCUUCGAGGAGAUUGAAACGGGUCAAUACCUUGACAAGUCCGCCACGGAACGUCUGGGCUACAUCGAGAAAUUUUCCAAAUAUGGUCUGCAGACGUGGGGCUCCGAUGAGAUGGGUAUCGGUACGACGCGUCGCUUCUUGCUUGAGUGGCUCAGCUUCGCUCACCGUUACGUGCCCCAUGGCUUGUUGGAACACUUGCCACCCAACAUUCAAGACCGGCCUCCAAAGUACAAGGGCAGGAAUGAACUGGAGACCUUGAUGGCUAGUGAAAACUAUAAGGACUGGAUCAAGCUCAGUGAGAUGUUUCUUGGUCCUGCGCACCCCAACUUCAAAUUCGAGCCCAAACACAAGUCCAACGCUUACGAUAUUGAGGCAGAGGGCUAAGCAUGGACAUGGCAGCCCUCGUGAGUGUGCUGUCUGUCAUGUUGCAGGACAAAUGGUGGGUUAAGGAGGUGAGCCCAUUAAUCCACCACACAAGGCAAAGUAAGGAAAAUGCAAAAUGAAUCUAGGGAAUACUUUUGCCUACAAUAUAUGUAACACUUUACUGAAUCGUACCUUUAGAUGACAUUAUAGCUACAGAUUUUUUGGUAAAGUUGGUCGGCUUAAAGGUCGCUCGUCAGCCGUUUCUCCUGAAAUGUGAGAGACUGUUUCAUGGUUUCAUGUGUCCAUCGCCACUGUCUUCAUAGGAUAGAACAAAUACAUUUUUCACCGAAUGUCACGUUGCAGUCAUGGCCCUACGGACGCUAAGCUGUUCACUGUAAACCUCUACCUUUGUGACCGCUGCGUCGUAGUACUGAUAACACGUUGCAAUCAUGUGCG